AUGAGUGCAAAAGGAUUCAAGUAUAUCUUAGUUGCAAUAGACUAUUUGUCGAAAUGGGUGGAGGCGCAAGCCUUGAGGAACAACGAUGCGAGGAGUGUUAUCGGGUUUCUUAAGAAGUUGUUCACUAGAUUUGGAGUACCAAGAGUUUUAAUUAGUGAUCGUGGAACGCAUUUUAGGAAUUCAUCUAUGGAAAAGAUUUUGGCCAAGUACGGAGUCCAACAUAGGGGGGGAGUACCAUACCACCCCCAAACGAGUGGUCAAGUAGAAAAUGCCAACCGGGAUAUUAAGGCAAUCUUAGAAAAGACGGUUGGAAUUCACCGUAAAGAUUGGCCCGAUCGGUUAGAUGAUGCGCUAUGGGCGUUUAGAACGGCCUAUAAAACUCCAAUCGGAACCACCCCUUUUAGAUUAGUCUACGGGAAAGCAUGCCACCUACCGGUGGAGAUAGAGCAUAAGGCGUAUUGGGCAAUAAAGAAACUAAAUAGUGAUAUGGACCUAGCCGGUCGACAAAGAUUGUGGCAAUUAGAUGAAUUGGAAGAGUGGAGGUUGAUGUCAUAUGAGAAUUCACGGGCUUGUAAAGAGCGAACUAAGCUAUAUCAUGAUAAGCAUAUCAAAAAGGGCAAAGAAUUCAAAGAAGGAAACCAAGUCCUCUUUUUCAAUUCGAGGCUAAAGCUUUUUCCGGGAAAACUAAAGUCAAGAUGGUCCGAUCCAUUUACCGUUACCAAGGUUUUUCCGUAUGGAACCAUUCAAAUCGCACAUCCGGAAAAGGGUGAAUUUAAGGUUAAUGGUCACCAAGUCAAAAAGUACUUUGGAGGAAUGGAAACACGCGAGGUGAACAUCUUGCGACCACAACAGGUGAAGUCAAAAAGACCGAAGAAGAACGAGAAAAAUUCAAAUUUGGCAAAAAUCCGAACCUGGAAGCCAGACCGGACGCGCGUCCGGUCCGCGUCCAGGGGUCCCAGAUCGAAGGUUCAGAGAGCUGUCUGA